CCACGAUUUUCUUCACCGACGCGAACGCAGAAUCCUCCCACUUCUUCUUCCCCUCCCCCACAAUUCUUCUUCAGACGCGAACGCAGAACAGAGGUCUUUCCUCCACGAUUCUUCUUCAGCCCACUGGUUUUGUACAACCAGAUCAUGAUAACAGAUGUUUGGAAGAAAUUGGUCUGGAUUAUUUAGAGGAUCUCGUUGAUAGAAAUCUGGUAUUAUUCAAUCGACAUGGAUUAACCGGAGAUAUGAAAACGUGCUAUAUUCAUGAAUGUGUACGUGAUCUAUGCCUAUGGAUUGCUCGAGAAGAGAACUUUUUCGACAUCUUAAGAAAUCAUUGCAUUGUAUUUCGUGAAAAGAAUCUCUAUCAAGAAUUCAAUGAUGCCAUAUAUCCAUCACAGACCGGUACUCUAAUAUGCUGUGGUGAGGGUAUGCCUCAGAUAGAGGAUGCAUCACUGCUGCGCGUAGUAGAUGAUGUUGAUAUAAAUUCUUUCGAAGAUAUUUUUCAACAUGCAAACCUGCGAUACAUUCGAUGCCGCUCUACCUCAGCUGUGUGCAGAGUUCCUUCAACAAUAUCCAACCUCUGGAGUCUGGAGACUAUAAUUUGCCACAACACUCAUUUGGUUUCAGCUCCAAUUGAAAUAUGGAGUAUGAAGCAUUUGAGACAUGUGGAGUUCAGUAAGAUUUCUGUUCCCGACCCUCCUUCAACCAUGGGAUUGCCACAAAAUUCUGCUUUGGAACACCUUCAGACCUUCAUGAAAAUAGUAAAUUUCAAGUGCACCGACGAUGUCCUUAUGAGGAUAAAACGUGUAAAGAAGCUACAAAUCAAGUAUGAUAGGGCAGAGUCAGAUUAUUUCCUUGAGAAUAUGCGUCAUUUUCCAAUGCUGGAAUCAUUGAAAGUCUUCUUCCAUGUCGACUCUCCAGUUAUGAAGAAGGUCUUGUUGCUCCAACUCACCUACCCAAUCUCACUCAGGAAAUUGAGUUUAGACAACAUCGAGCUUUGUUGGAAAGAUUUGCAGAUGAUGGCGUUUUUGCCUAAUCUUGAAGAACUCAAGAUUAAGGGCAACAUUUCAAGAGUUGGGUGGUCCCGUUUCCCCCAGGCAUUCUGCUCUCUCAAGUCUCUGAGAAUCGAUGGCUCUACUGAUAUAGAUUUCUAUCAACUAGACAAGUGUUGGUUUCCUGUCCUGGAAAUUCUUGAUCUGGGUACAGUGCUCUACACAUUCCACAUAGGAGACAUCCCAACUCUGAGACUUCUUAAACUCCAUGCCACUAAACGCAUCACAGCCUUUUCAGCACAGCAGAUACUGGUGGAGAGGAGGAGUCGUGGGAAUGGGGGCCUUCACAUUCAAAUCUCCUUCCUCAAUAAGGAGGAUAUGUUGGUGUUCAGGAGAAAGGCAGAAAGGUUAAAAAUGUCUAUUACUACAGCCAAUUUUACCGUGGAAAUUUGAGAGAAAAAUGCUUUGGGAAAUCGCCGGACCUUUUCUCUCCAGGCUCGGGGAGAAACUGGCAGAUUAUGCUCUGGGCAAUAUGACCACGAUCACAAACUACAAUAUAAUAUUGGAAUCUCUACAAAUGAACUUGAAAUCGUUGAGUGAUAAAGCAUUUGAUGUCGAGAAGGAGGUCAAGAAUGGUGAGCAAUCGGGUAUGAAGAAAAGAAAGCGUGAAGUCGAGAGCUGGUUGGCAGAGGUGCGGAAACUUGAAAUGGAAUUCACGGAAUUCGGGGCUGCUAUGGAUUCUGAUGGAUUUACUAGUGGCUUCUUCGGGGGAGAUCGAGCACAGAAAUUGAGUUUGAGAGUAGACAGAUUAGUUGACCAGAGUCAACGUUUUGGUGAACUGCUUCAUGCUUGUGAACCCGAGCAAGUUCCCCUCCUGACAAAGAAGUUGGUGGGUGAAAAUUUUGAGAAGAACUUCGAAAUGAUCUGGGAUUUGUUAGUGAAUGAUGGAGUGUCAAGCAUUGGGAUUCAUGGGAUGGGUGGUGUCGGCAAGACAACGCUGGCGAAGCACGUUCACAAUCGGUUUGUUGAAGGAGCUCAACAUGUUGUUAUUUGGAUAACCGUAUCUCAGACAUUUAGCAUAAAGAACUUGCAGGAUGAAGUUGCUAAGGCAGUGAAUGUAGACCUUUCAGCGGAGCACAGUGAAGACAAAAGAGCAGCGAGACUGAACCGAGUACUAUCACAAAGAAACAAAGUCUUGCUGAUUUUUGACGAUGUGUGGGAAAAGUUCAACCUGGAACACAUUGGAGAUCCACUUUCGUUGAACCAGUGUAGGCUAAUCAUAACAACCCGUUCGUUGGAAGUAUGUCAUCAAAUUGGUUGCCAAAAAGUGAUUCCUGUGAAAACGCUCAGUAAGGGAGAAUCAUGGAGUUUAUUUAAAGAAACUCUUGGAGGGGGGAUUACGCUAACUUCCCAAGUACAAGAAAUUGCGGAGCGCAUGGUGGAACAUUGUGGUGGAUUGCCAUUGGGCAUAAUCACAACAGCUGGAAGUAUGAAGGGUAGAACCGAUGUUUGCGAGUGGAGGAAUGCUUUGACAGAGUUGAAUGACUCAAUCAUGAGAGAAGAUGGCUAUGAAGAAAGGGUUUACAAGAUACUCAAGUAUAGUUUUGAUCGAUUGGAUCAAGGAGAAGAGAAGCACAAUGGAUUUACAAUGGUCCAACAUUGUUUCUUGAAUUGUUGCUUGUAUCCUGAAGACUCAGAAAUCGAUAGAAAAGAAUUGAUUGAACUACUCAUUUCAGAGGGGCUGUUAGACAGAAGAAGGACUAGAAGAAAGCGGGUGGAUCAGGGUCACGUCAUACUGAAUAAGUUAGUAAAUGUGUGCUUGUUAGAAAACGGAAAUGGUAGUCGACAAUGGGUGAAGAUGCAUGAUUUAGUAAGAGCUAUGGCAUUAAAGAUCACAAAGAAUAAACUUUUGAGAAAAGACAUUUUUGAAGUAGAUGAAUGGAGUGAAGAUCUCGAGAAGAUUUCUUUGAUGCACAACAACAUAUGGAAUAUUCCUGUAGAGUUGUCUCCAAGAUGUCCCAAGCUCUCAAAAUUGCUCUUGCAGAACAAUUAUUUUUUGGCGCUUAUACCAGGUUCCUUUUUCUUGGAAAUGCGAGGUCUGCAUGUUCUUAAUAUGAGUUAUACACUAAUUAAAGAGUUACCACAUUCUUUGUCUAAUUUGGUGAGCCUUAAAGCCCUUCUCCUGAGCAAGUGCGAACACCUUAAAUAUGUGCCAGACUUGGGAAAUCUAAAAGAACUAAGAGAGUUGGACAUUUCAGGGACUUCAAUGGAGGAAUUGCCUUUGGGAAUGCAAGAACUAGUCAAUCUUGAAUGCUUGAAGAUUGGUUCUGGAAAAUUGAAAAAAUUACCAAGUAAUUUGUUGCUGAAUUUCCAAAAACUUCAAUGCCUCCAUCUUCCAUUUUAUAUCGAAGCCCCAAUGACAGAAAUUGAGAAAUUAAAACAGCUCGAGGAGUUCUGUGGGCGUGUGAAAGACAUGUAUGAUUAUGGUCGAUUAAUGACAUGUCUACCAAGAUUCAAAGAGUACAAUCGAUCUUAUGGUGUUGUUGUGGGAGAAUUUCUCGGCCAGCAAAUAACAGCAUAUUGUGAUAACGAAGUGUUUGUAAAUGGGAUGAAGCUGAAUGAAGAAGGGAGAAGAGAUGUUAUUGUAUGGCCAGUCGACAUGAAAGGCAUUGGAUUUGUAAAGUGGGAGGGUCUAAGCAGCUGCAUGAUGGAUGAUAUUCAAGGACUAAAUAUUAAUAUCGAACCCUGCAAACUUUUGACAGUGUAUGAAUGCCAAGGGGUAGAGUGCAUAUUGAAAUCGAAGGAGUUUCCAAUGGCGAUGGCAGGAGGAGGAGGACAAUUAAAUUUUCCAUUGAAAAAUUUGGAAACCAUGACGCUAGAGGGGUUGCCUGAUUUGAUAGGCGUGGUGAUGUUUCAAAGUGCAUCUCCACCUCGUCCUCUACACACAAUAGAGUUUUCGUCUCUUCAGCAGUUGCAUAUUUAUAGAUGCAACAAGAUGAAGAAGAUGGGGUUGUCACUAUCACUCUUGAGAGGCUUACAAAACCUUGAAGUGGUGGAUGUCCGACAUUGUAGUGAAAUAGAAGAAAUAUUUGAAGGAGGAAAUGAUAGAGGAGGAAAUCGAGCAUCAUCAUCUCAAAGACUCCCUAUCCAUCUCCAUAUGCCCAAAUUGAGGAAUCUAUGGCUCUUUCAGCUCCCAAAAUUAAAGAGUAUCUGUGACUCGACACUGCUCUGUAGUUCCAUCCAAGUAAUUUGGAUGGAAGGAUGCACAGAAGUGAAGAGACUGCCAUUGCUCUUUGGAGAAGCAGGAAACUCUAAUUCUGAUUAUCAUUCUUUUUGUCCUCCGGCAUCUCUUGUAGUUAUCCAAAUUCUCAGAUCAGAGAAGGAAUGGUGGGAAUCAUUGGAGUUGGAGCAUCCCUCGCUCCAUCCCCUCCUCCAACCCUUUCUCAUGCUAUUGCCGGACGCCCUAGGGCGUCGGAGUUUGAACCCAUAAUCUUAUGAUCAUAAGUUUCUGGACAACUAACUAUACUAUGACCUUUAUUGGUUUUGGUAAUAGAUCAAGUUUGAAUCCAAAUAUAUUUUGCAUAUAAUAUAUUUUAAAUUUACAAUAUUUGGUAUUAUGUUUUCAAUAAAAA